AUGGUGAAACCAUGGCAGAAAAUUGCGAAGCGUUCCGGUUUUGCUCUCUUCACUUAUUCGCAUGCACACCACCUGCAAAUCUUUCACCACCGGCUUCAACCGAGUCAUCAGCCAGGUCCACGCAUAAAGCGGGCGAGAGCCCACCAGAGCCGGACAGAGAGAGACGAGGAAGAUAAAUCAACCACUGCAGUUAUUGAUAGACAGGAUCAAGAUAAAAAAGAAGAAGGCUCUGGUAAGCUUUCAGAUGAGAAGAAGAGGCCGAGGUCAAAGGAUAGAAAACGCUCAAGGUCUAGGGAUAGGAAAAGGUCACAUAGGUCAAAGCAUGAUCACAGUUCCAAGUCUAAACGCAGACGAAGCAGAUCACGUUCAUCAAAAGACAGAAAGCGAAGACGGUCUCGUGACCACCACAGGCACAAGGACAAAAAGUCUCGAGACAGAAAAUCAAGUAGAGACGAGAAAAGAAGUAAAAGCAGGGAACGGAAAGACAGUAAGAGUGAAAAUAGAAAGUCAGAAGUACGUGAGCAUAAAGAUAGUACUAGUGAAAAAAAAAUAACCGAAACUCAGUCAUCUACAGACGUAAAGUCUGAUAUAAAAGACAAUAAAGAUAGUAAGAGUGAAGGACACAGAAAACGAAGUCGAAGUAGAGACAGGAAAGAUAAGAAGAAAGAUCGUAGAAGAAGUAGAUCUCGUCACCGACAUAGAAGCAGGAGUAGAGACAGACGUAGCAGGGAUAGAAAAAAAAGUAGAAGUAAAGAGAGAAAGAGAAGCAGAAGUAAAGAUAGAAAAAGGAAACACAGAAGUAGGAGCCGAGACCGUAGAAGUAGAAGUCGACAUAGAAGCAGGGAAAGACAUUCUAGAAGUAGAAGUCGGGAGAGAUUGAGGAGUCGUAGUCCUGUGAUGGGCAGAAAACUAACUUUUAAGGAACAGAUGAGGAAAGAAUUUAUUAAUGCCAGCAAGGAAAUGAGUAAUCAGGAACAUAAAGUAGUGUCCGACCUUGAUGCAUUAAGAAAGCCUGGGGAGGCUUUGAGACCAUCAGAUCUAUUGAAGGGAGUCAAACUCAACAGUGGAGAGUCUGUAACACCACAGAUGGCACUUAUCCAGACUAUGGCAGCUAUGCAUAAAAAGGCUCAGGAGUUGACUGGGGUUGAGGUGCCGAAGUACUAUAACCCAGCAGCUGUUAAUCCACUUAAAUAUGCCGAACAAGUCCAAAAGAGGAAGCUUUUAUGGUCAAAGAAGACAGAUGAAAACCAAAAGGAGAAAAAUGAUCAUAUGGAGACGCAGUGGAAAUCCGCUUUUGUUUCUACAGAAGAUAAUAAAACAGCGUCAAAAUUCCGUAAACUUAUGGGUAUGAAGGGAGGCGAAGGUCAAUCAUCAGCGGAGGAACUGCCGGAGGACUUACAGAAACUGUCGGAGGAACAGCAACGGAAGCAGGCGGAAUUGUUUCAGAGACUUGAUCAGGACUAUCAGUUUGCGCGUAUGACGACCCACACGCAGCGUGGUGUCGGUCUCGGCUUUUCAACAACAAUCAUCGAUCCAAAUCAUCCGCAAAAUCCACCCUGAAAUUGCCAGUGAAAUGUUUUUGUUUUUGAGAUAUAUAUAUGAUACAUAUGUGAGAUAUUAUUUCAGACUAUCAGAUAUGAUGCCAUACAUUGUGAUAUAUCAUUUAAGACAUUACGAGAUAAUCAUACAACACAUUACGAGAUAUCAUACAACACAUUACGAGAUAUUAAUAUCUCAUACAUUAUGAGAUAACAUAAAACAUUAUGAUAUAUCAUACAAGACAUUAUGAGAUAUUAUCUCAGAUAUUUUGAGAUAACAUAAAAACAUUAUGAUAUAUAAGACAUUAUGAGAUAUAUAAUAAGCUAACAUACAUUAUGAGAUAACAUAAAAGAUGUAAUGAGAUAUCAUGUCGGACAUUUUGAGAUAUCAUCAGAAAUUGUGUCGGACAUUUUGAGAUAUGAUACAAGACAUUAUGAGAUAUUAUCUCAGUGAAUAAGAUAUUAUGUCAGACAUGAGAUAUCUUACAACACAAUAUGAGAUCAUGUCAGGUAUUAUCAGACAUUAUCAGAUAUUUUACUACACAUUUGAUUUAUGAUAGAUGUAACAUUUUGGGGUAUAAUGCUAUUGGCCUUUAUGUAUCACUUUGUAGAUAAGUUACGAAGCUGAACUUCAUGGUCAAAUCACACCACAUUUGUAAUAAGAUGCCAUAUAUUAACAGUAUUUUUAUGUUCAUAAUUCAUUUUGUCAUGAUUAGUUGGUAUUGUGUGCUCAAUUAAAUUUCAAUUAAGUUGUUGCUGUGUAAAAAGUUUCAGUACAAUCUGGAAAUAAAUUGUUGUUGACUGGUAGGUUGUAUACACAAGAUUAACUUUAUAACUAACAAACAUAAUAUAAUUAAUAUUAUAUGUUAUAUUUGACAGGGAAAAUGUUUGAUUACCAUGUAGAUAGAUAUUAAGACAGUUUUUCAAAGUUUUAGAAUUUCCUUGCUGCUGUUGUGAUAACCUGUCUUUGAUUUGGAGAACUUUCAAUUAUAAAAAGCAGGGAUAUAAAAAUAAUACUAAAAUUGAGCAGAAUAAGGUCUGUUGAUCUCAUAGGCUAGAACAGAUACUUGGCUGUUGGCAUGGUGUUGCUUGUAAAAGCUUUGCCUGUAAAAAUUUGAAAUAGAAAAUAGACUUGGUCGGGACUUAUAUUUAUGUACAUAAGGAUGUUUCCUUUUUUGCAAUUACUUCAAUUGUUGAGCCAUUGCAGUAAGUUUUUCAUCUAUUUCAUUACAAUUUAUGAUUUGCUCUCUUAAAGUAAUUGGUAUAAUUAUUGCAGAAAUGUUUUCAUGAUUUAAGACUGACAUCCAGUAUAUAUUGGAUGUAAACACUUCUUAAUUUGUUAGUAUGUUUAUCUUUAAUUUUGUUGUAACUUGGUAAAUAUUAAUGAGUUAUGAUUGUUUUUCUUUGUUUUUGCACAUUACAUGAAUUGACACUUUUUUUAAGUUCUUGUUUUUAAAGUUUUUGUUUUUUUGUCCAAGAAUAUCGAUUGAGGAUAUAAUUCUUAAGAUGUUGUCUUCAGUGAUAUUUUUUACCUUGGUGUAAAACAUUAACAAGAAAAAAUUUACUAUGUACGUAUUUGUAUUAGGUCAGUUAUAAUCAUCUAUGGCGUGAAUUGUUACGGACAUUUUACAUUUUAUGUGCAUA